AUGGAGAACCACAGAGCUAUAGAAUAUAACCGGCUUCUUAACGAGUCUAGAGAUGUUGCUAGCCUGAUCAGAAAAGGCAAGGAACUGGAGUGCAAGCUUAUUUCAAAUAAGAAGCUAUUUAACAUUUGCCAGCUGCUGCUUUGCAAGAAUCUAAAGGAAAUAGAAAGAAACUCUGCUUCACUUUUGGAUAAUGAACCAGUUGUCAUUUGUGAUUUAAGAACAAAAAACCAAAUAAUAAAGUCAAAAACAAAAAUAAAUAGCUCAAUUGAAUGUAAUAGUUUGGAUAGGGUCAAAAGAAUCUUCCCAGGAUUAAAUUCAAACAAGAGCUCUGAAAUUGUUGAAAUCAAUAGAAAACAUGUAGUAAUUUAUGACUUGGAAGGAAAACUUACAAGCAGCAAUGAUUUGGAAAUCUCCCAAAGAGAAGUAUUAGAAUACUUAAAGAGGUGUGUUCACUCGAUUAAAUCCAUAUAUUUAUUAAAAGAUGGUUAUUCCUCCUUUUAUUUUGAAUUUCCAUAUAUUUGCUGUAGCACAGACUCCGAAUGUAUAUCAAGUAUCAAAUCAAUAAAGAAUGUUCCACAGAAUCUGAAAUCAAAGAUUAUUGCAUCUAUUGAGUAUCCACUUGCUGUUAGUUGGGGAGAACUGUAUAAAAUUUAUCUUGGAAAUGUACUUCAAGGUUGCCAUCCUCAGAUUCUUGGAAGUCUAGAAAUAAAAACUAUUAUGGACUUUACCCCAAAUAAAAUCAAGUCUGAAGGUAGCAAUAAGGUAAGGAUCAUUCAUGUAAACAAUACAGAACCCAACCUUUCUGAUGAGGAUUAUUUAAUUUAUGCCAACCUGCCACUAGAAGAAACAAUUAAGUCAUUCAAAGAACUUGAAAAAAACUAUCCGAACCCAAGAGAUUUAUUCCCAAUGAUGAUUGUCACGACGAGAGUCACAAGUGAAACCGUCUCCAUAGCCUCUAUUAUUGUAUCAUAUCUCAGAAAAUGGCAAAUUACUGCAACUCUUAUAUUUACUCUCAACCAAAUAGGGCUUGAUAAUAAUAUCAUAAGUCCUACCGAAAAUGAAGAAGUUUUCAAAUUGCUUCAUCCAUCCAAUUCACAAAUUGCUCAAAUGAUUAGUUUCAACUUCUCUUGA